CAGAAACGUGUGGAUAAAAGGGCAAACAAUAAGGACAACGACAAUAACAACAAUGAACACAUUCGUACGUCAUCAGCCGAAAAUCCUGCGUAGCGGGCAAACCUGGAUGACAUUCAGCAAAGAUGGAAACAGAAAGUACUCCACACCACAAUACUUACCCCGCUAUGUGUUACGACGGCUCAAUGGCAGCUUGAUAAAUUCCAGUUCAUGGAUGGGAGGCAGCAGUACCGGUGCACAAGUUGGCAUGCAGUCAAUGUUGCUUUCCCGUUGGAAUGACAUCAGUGAAUCCAGUUAUCACACCGAGAACAGUAGCUUAUAUUACACAACAAGAAAAUUCCAUUUGUCACGUCGUUUAGGUGAAAAUGCUUCUUCAAAAGUUGAAGUGACCGUCAAAACGAUGAAGGAAAAACAAAAGGAAAAGGUCGAAGAGAUCAUAAAGGAAGCAAGCGCACCGGCAGUCACUAAAGCGGUCAGCGAACCGGCGGAGCCUGGAAAAGCUGUCGCCGCAGAGCCACCAAAAGCUGUUGUCGCCAAAAAGCCGCUGGGCACACGUAUCUGGGAGGAAUUGGUGCAUUAUUAUCAUGGAUUCCGGUUGCUAGUUAUCGAUAUAAAUAUUUCGCGUAAACUGCUGUGGCGUAUACUCAAUGGAAAGACGCUAACACGUCGUGAGAAUAAACUACUUUUGCGUACCACCUCUGAUCUGUUCCGACUGAUACCCUUUUCGGUGUUCCUAAUCGUGCCGUUCAUGGAAUUGCUCUUGCCGUUCUUUAUACGUUUCUUUCCGGGCAUGUUGCCGUCCACCUUCCAGACAGCUAAGGAUCGCGAGGACAAACUGAAACAAUCGCUGCAAGUACGUCUCGAGAUGGCGAAAUUCUUACAAAAGACACUGGACGAAAUGGCUGUGCAGCAUAAGGAUCACAGAAGUGAAGAUGCCAAACAAUUUGCUGAAUUCUUUGAGAAAAUAAAGGAUCCUAAAGAACAUGUACCAAUGGAGGAGAUCAUUAAGUUCGCUAAACGCUUCGAGGAUGAAGUCACAUUGGACUCAUUGUCGCGCGAGCAAUUGGCCGCUUUGUGUCGCGUACUCGAGCUUAACACUAUGGGCACCACCAACUUAUUACGUUUUCAAUUGCGCCUUAAAUUGCGUUCGCUGGCCGCCGAUGAUCGCGUUAUAGCGCGCGAAGGUGUCGAGGCAUUGGAUCUAUUCGAAUUGCAGCAGGCGUGUAAGGCACGCGGUAUGCGCGCCUAUGGGCUGACAUCGGAAAAAUUGCGUUCACAACUGCAGGAAUGGAUUGAUCUGUCGCUAAAUGAGAAAGUACCACCGACGCUACUCUUAUUGUCACGUGCGCUCUUGAUUGCCGACGAAACUGCAACGACACACAAACUGGUCGAGACAAUGCGUGUACUACCUGAGGCAGUUGCCACAAAGACCAAGGAAAAGAUUGGCGAAAGCGAAGGCAAAAUCGAUAACAAAACGAAGAUUGAAGUGCUCAAAGAAGAAGAACGUAAAAUUAAAGAGGAACGUGAGGAAGAGCGCGAAGCUGAAAAGGCCAAAUUGGAAGAGGAGAAAGCAAAGGCAAGCGAAGAACUGCUCAGCAAAGUACCCUAUUUACAUUCUAACAUUGCAUCUAUUACCGAGGAACGCAAGCAAGCUGAAGCAAGCAAUAACAUAUCCCCGAAAGAUGUGGAGCUGCUGUCCGACGCGCUGAAAUCGCUGUCCAAUGAUAAGAAGAUGAUGGUUGAGAAGGAGACACUGAAAGAUCUCAAAGAAGAACUUGAAGAUUACAAAGAAGAUGUGGAAGAACUGCGCGAAGUGCGUAAUGUGGUGAAGGAACCAGUGCACGAGAGUCGCGCUGCUAAAUUGCUCUUCAGGAAGGUGAAUAGCAUGAUAGGACACUUGGAUAAGGUGUUGGUGGAUUUGGAGAAGAAGCGCGAGGGUAAACAAAAGAAACUUAAACCAAGCUCGGAAGAAGUUUUGGCGGGACCAUUACAAAGUCAAGAACUCACGCAGGAUGAUGAUACUGUGCACAUCGAAGAACUUAUGAAUACGAUAAAGAAGUUGCAAAAGACUUCCGAUGAGACGCGUUUGAAACAAAUCGAAAAAGUGCUGAGCAAAAUCGAUGCCGACAAAGACGGCUUCAUCACCGUGGAUGAAGUGCUGAAUGUCGUUGAAGCGAUCAGUCGCGAGAAUGUUAACUUGUCGGACAAACAAAUCGAAGAAUUGGUUACAUUGCUCGACAAAGAGAACAUCAUAGAGGCGGAGGAACGUUUAGAGAAGGCCAUUGCGAAGAGCAUUAAAUUGGCGGAAAAACAAAUUAAAGAUCAACAGAAGCAGGUGGAAGAACAGAAGGUGUCUGAUGUACUGAAGGAUACAGCACCAGAACUGAAGGAUAAUGCCAAGGACUUGAGUGCAGAUGGUAAAACGAAGGUUUUAAAAACGGAGGUUAGCAACGAAAAGAAUCCACUAUUGGAAGCCGCUGAAAAGCAAAAGGAGAAGAUACUCCCAAAAAACGAUAUAUCCGCGCAAAUACCACAACAGCCGCUACCCGCACCACCACCGCCAACAACAGCGACCCAAGUGAAUCCAAAAGAUAAAAUGCUAUGAUUUGAAGAGGAUGGUGAUAAACCCAAAAAAUAAUUCCCUGAUAACAGUCGUCGGAGCAAGUAAAAUAAUAAGUGGGAAAACAUAAAAAAGAAAACAAAUUUUGGCGACUUGCUUGUUUUUAGGGAAGUCGAGAAUGUGGAUACAAGUGUGCGUGUGUGCUGUGUGAUAAUGAAAAAUGUGAACUAGAUGAUUGUUGGCUGACUAGUUGUGGAAAAUAAAACUGGAAAGGUGUAAAGUUAGUUAUUGAAAAGCGAGAAAAUGUGAAAUUCAGAACGUUGUUGCGGUGUAAAAAUUAUAUGCUGUCGAGCUAAACAUGUGGAAUGACAACAGAAAAUUGUGCAGGCGUAAAUUAUAACAGAACUUGAUAAAACUGUUGAGGUGGAAACAAUUCAAAAGCAUUUGUUGCGCAAUUCUUUAUUAAUGAAAGUGGAGAAAGUCAACAUAAUAAUGACAAUGGGAGUAUAUUAUAUUGCAAUUAUAUUAUUAGCUCUUAUUAUUAUUGUUAUUGUUGCUUUAUUGCGUCUCAAAUGCUUUUAAAUAGUUUUCAAUGCAAAAUGAUUACCUAUUAUUUAUCAAAAGCAAAAUUCUAAUUUUAUUAAUUCCAAGAAUUCAAAUUGUUUUGUAAGCUGUAACGUAAUGUAUUUGCAGUAGAAGAAUACUAAUAAAUUUAUGAAACUAGUUUUGUGCAUAUCUUUCUUCUAACGCCAAAAUAAAUUUUGACAGUUCGCCGCCUGCAAUUGAGACACUUAUAUGACAUACAAUCUAAUCUAACUUAUUUGACAACAACAAAGCAAAAUUCCGCAAAUUCGCAUAAAGUAUUUAGAAAUUUUAACAUCUUUCUCGCUGUUGCCAUUGUCGGUCGGCCUACAAAACUUCGCCACAAAUUGUGAGGCUGUAAAAUUACAUAAACAAAUAAAAACUAUAUAAAUUUGUUUAAUUUUUAUUUGCAAUGUUAAAUUAAAUUACAUAAAGAUAUUGUAAAAUUUUUGAUACUAGAUGUAAACAUAAAUAUGAAAGUUGGUUAAUAUAUAGCAAGAAAAUCAGUGGAAUCAAAGCAAACAACUACAGCAAAUAUAAACUGCUCCAUAAACUAAUUAGCAAUUGGAGUAAGUACUUAACUGCUAGAUAUUGUAAAUUAAUAUUUAAAAGCAAAGAGUUUAAGUGAAAAAAUACAAGUGAUCUAAAUAUAAAUGGUUCAUUGGUGGAUUAGUGCUAAAGCGUAUAAAAUGUAUGUAUAUAGUUACUAAAUAUGUUCAAUUUUAUUUACAAUGAACAAUGUGUAACAUUCUACUUUAAAGCAAUUUAAUUUUAUUAUAAAAUAUUUUUUGUUUUUAUUACGAAAAAAUAUUAUGGAUAUUGAUGUGUGCUAUUUUACUUUUCGCCACGCACUCUCUAUAUGAAGUUGUAUAAAACGCGAUUGUGCGCAAAAAAUAGUUUAAAUUUUAAUACACAAAGCAAAUUUUUUUUAAAUGAUUUUUUGUUGAUUCCCAUAAAAUUACUGUCGAUUAUUCGUUAUUGAAUUACGUUUAGCUUUGCGAAAGUUAUGUCCACGGUUUCGAGUAAAUACAAUAAAAGCUCUUAAAAUUUUAAUAUAUUCGUCAACAAAAAUAUGAAUAUACAUCCUUAUAUGCAAU